AUGACUUCGAUCAUUGGACAUAUAUUUGACACAUUUCUCAACCUCAUUACACAAUCCGUUGAUCCCGAGAGGUAUGGUGAUAAGAAAACAAGGUUAUUCAUAUAUUGGACGACAACUAGUUAUCGAAAAGGCUGCUUUGAUCUUGAGUGCCCUGGUUUUGUGCAAUUAUCUUCAAAAUAUGCUCUGGGAACAGACAUACAUCCUCUAUCCUCUUAUGAUGGACCCCAAUAUGAUACAACCAUACAUAUUGAACAGGAUUUACAAACGGGGUCUUGGCACCUUUAUUUCGAAGGCUCUGCAUUGGGAUACUGGCCGGGGAGCCUUGUGCCGGCAAUGAAAAAUGGAGCUGCGGGCGUGCAAUGGGGAGGGCAGGUGACGAACUUGAGAUCAGGAGACCGUCACACUACGACUCAAAUGGGAAGUGGGCAUUUCACGCCAGGAGGCUUCCAGAAAGCGAGCUUCGUGAGACUACUGCAAGUAAUUAUCGAUGGAGAGGCCAGAGAUCCGGAGAACAUCGACACGCAGGUGUCGAGUGUCUUCUGCUAUGAUUUGCAUGUUGCAAUCAGAGAUUCCGACUAUGGAUUUUAUUUCUAUUAUGGAGGACCUGGGUAUGGAAUCACGUGCCAAUCAUGAGGCCCCAUGUUACUGUUAAAUGCAUGCAACCAUGUUUAUGCCCGCCCCCGCGAGCAAAUAAAUGAAGUAUAAAUUUAUCUC